AUGAAAAGUAGAAACCAAACAGGUGUUUCACAAUUCUUUCUCCUGGGACUAUCAGAUGACCCUGAACUACAACUUAUCCUCUUCGGGCUGUUUCUGUCCAUGUACCUGAUCACUAUGCUUGGAAAUCUGCUAAUCAUCCUGGCCGUCACCUCUGACCCCCACCUCUACACCCCCAUGUACUUCUUCCUCUCCAUUCUCUCCUUAACUGACAUUGGCUUCACCUCCACCACUGUCCCCAAGAUGCUAGUGAACAUCCAGACUCACAGCAGGGCCAUCUCCUAUGUGGGCUGCCUCACACAGAUGUCUGCUUUCCUUAUUUUUGGUUGUAUGGAGGACAUGCUUUUGACAGUGAUGGCCUAUGACCGGUUUGUGGCCAUCUGUUACCCUCUACUCUACAGAGUCAUCAUGAACCCUCACCGUUGUGUUGGCUUUGCAACACUGUCUUGUUUAGUUAGCAUUUUUGACUCCCUGCUGCAUAAUUUGAUUGCCUUACGAUGUACCUUUGUUGAGAAUAUGAUGAUUUCCAAUUUCUUCUGUGACCCUUCUCAAGUCCUCAAUCUCACUUGUUCACAUACAUUGAUGUAUAACGUAAUCAUGUAUAUUAUUGUUGUCAUCUUUGGCUUUCUCCCUAUCUCAGGCAUCCUUUUUUCUUACUAUAAAAUAGUUUCUUCCAUUCUGAAACUCCCAUCCCCAGGUGGGAAGUACAAAGCUUUUUCCACCUGUGGGUCCCACCUGACCAUUGUGUGUUUAUUUUAUGGGACAGGCUUUGGUGUGUACCUCAGUACAGCUGUCUCUCAUUCUCCCAGAUAUGGGGCAGUGGCCUCAGUGAUGUACACAGUGGUCACCCCCAUGUUGAACCCCUUCAUUUAUAGCCUGAGGAACAGGGACAUUAAAAAUUCCCUGAGGAAACUCCAUGGAAGAAUCCUGUAA